UGACGUCACUAACAUGUUUUGAUAUUUGGGUUGAGUCACGUGGAGAACAUGUUCAUUCCCAAACAGGGAAGUGGAGGCGGCGGAGACGAACAGCAUCUAGCUCUGGACGGUGGUCCUGUAGAGCGCAGUACCAUUCCUGUACCAGUAGAUGGCGACAGAGCGCCACCUCGUUGUUUGACAACCGCCACAAAAAACAACGUUCCAAGAAGAAGAGGAGUAAACGUCAGCGAUUCAACAGCGCGCGGGAAACCCGAGAAAAGAUGGAGACGGAUGUUCGCGGAGAGGCGGACGAAGAGGCGGACAGUGUCCCUCCGUCGAUUUUAAAAUUGUACGAGACACAGUUUUUCGGCUUCACCCCGCAGACAUGUAUGCUGCGGGUCUACAGCGCCUUCCAGGACAGCCUGUGCGACAUUUUACUCGUCGUGGAGAAGGUGUGCGUGAGGCAGCUGAGCAAAGGCGAGCCGGCCGAGGCGGAGGAGCUCCUGCGGUCCCGCGCCAGGGAGUGCAGCCGGAAGCUGCAGCAGUUCCUCGAGGAGCGGUUCAAGCGACUGUCCGAGCGGAUGGACGCGCUGCUGGCCGACCGCUGCCUCUCCGUGCCGCCAAACGUCCUGCUGCCGGAGGACCAGUUACACAAGAGCUACCCCCAACACAUUGAGGAGGUGCUGAGGCGAGAGUCGUCCAUUGCUGACCUCCAGAGAGCUUACGAAGCAGAAGUGUGUGCCAGGCAAGCCUUGCUAGCUGAGCUGGAGGAGCAGAGCGAGGUGCAGAAACAGCUGGAUGGGAUUCUGACGUGGGUCAGAGAGCUGCAGGCGGCCUGGGUGAAGGAAGGUAACGGCAGCUUCCAUGACAGUUUCCGGCUAGUGAUGGAGUCCGUUAAGAAGCUGCAGGAUGCCGUGGCGGAGGUCUGCAUCGAGGCGCCUCGUUGAGCUGAACUUCAAUCUGUUUGAUUUUAUAAACGGAUGACACAUCACUAAUGAAUUCAUGCUACAAACUAUGUAAAUAUUGUAGAGCAACUUUUCCUUGAGGCCAAGGACUCUUUUUGUGAACUCGGACGGUCAGUUUCUGGCUGCUGUUCAUCGCCUGUGAAAAGAAGACAAAGACAAUAAUUCCUAAAUGUGUUUGUUGAACAUCCAUCAUAAUUUAAUUAGUAACUACACAACAACAACGUCAGCUAAUAUGAGUUAUAGUUAACCUUUUUUAAUGUAAUGUAAAUAAUAAAGCCAAUGAAUGUAACUCUCUUAUCUGAUUUGUAAUACUCAGGUGGUUUCCUUCAUCUACUGUCCCUCCUCUUUCCCUUAGCCCUACUCUAAUUCCCGAACACUUAUUUUCUUAACUUGAUUUAUACUUUGGAGGUAUUUGUAUCGUUGUGUUUCACUGGAUAUAGUUUGAUUGAGUUGUUGAUGACAUUGUGUUCACUGUCUUGAGCUCUGCAGAUUUUAGAAGCAGUGAUUGCCAGCAGAGGGCGCUCUCUGCAUCUUAAUGUGACUCACCCAAUCAGAUCCAGUUGAUGAACUGGCAAACCAACAUGCUUAACGUUUCAGGGCCUCUAAGAAUCAAUAUUGUCAUUACAGAUCAAAGUUGGAGACACUGGUGGAAUAUAUAAGUACAUUUACAUUUCUGUUUUAUCCAGUCUUACGUGACGGUUUCACCGAGUCAUAUUCUUUCUAUGGACUAUGUACUUGGCCAGAAAAUUAUUCUGAUUUCUGAUUUGACUUGUUUUUUUCUGAAUAAAAUGAACUGGUUUACAUCA